AUUAAACAAUUCGCUAAUUCAACUAAGUGGAACCCAACCGGUUUAGUGAGUGGUAUCGACGGAGAAGGAAACUCUCUGUGAUUUUGACAUCAUCAGAUCACCACUUUCUUUGAUAAAGAUCUAGACUUUCGAUUCUUAAAUCUCUAUCUGAUUCCACCGGUCUCGACGAAAAUCGAGCAUCUUCAUCAUCUCUUGCCCGCGAAUAAACCAACCCAACCCUCGCUGUCUGCAUCUUCUCCAAUGGCCAGUGAUAGCCCGAAAGCUAAUUUAUUGUGUAAGCGAAAGCCGGAAGAUGGUUUGGGGACCGAACCGGUUCUGAAGAAACACAAAGAAAAAUCUGAGGAGGAGAGGGAGAUCGAAGAAGCAAGGUUUGAGUUGUUGUCUGAUGACAAGGCUACUACUUUGAAGACAGUGGAGACCGAACCUAUUCAGGAGCCAAAGAAGAAGACGCUCUUUGUUUCUCAUCUCCCUGCCUACACUAAAAUAUCAGAUAUCGUCUGUUUCUUCCAAAACGUUGGACAAGUUGUUCGUGUUCGACUUGUCGUCGACAACCGGGGUGUUUUCAUGGGCGAUGCCUUUGUUGAGUUUGCUUCUACCGACCAAGCAAACAAGGCACUGAAAGAAAAGAAGUGUGAUAAGUUUAAGAACUGGCGCAAAAUUGUUCUUGGUGUGGCUGAUAAGGGAGAGGGAGCUCCAUUCUUUCCACCCAAGUAUUGCAUAGAUCACAAAGUUUGGUACCUCGAAGAUGGCGAAGACUACCUUCAACAAGAAGUAGAGGAAGAUGAGGACUACCUUCAACAAGUAGAAGAAGAAGAUGAAGAUUACCUUCAACAAGUAGAAGAAGAAGAUGAAGACUACCUUCAACAAGAAAGCCUUCCCAUUGAAGAAGAAGAUGAGACACCUCCCAAUGCUGAGGAAGAUUCCGUACUCUUCAUUGCCAAUCUGUCUCCACAAACAACUAAAACAUCACAUAUCAUCAAGUUCUUCAAAUAUGGUGUUGUUAGUGUGCGAUUUAUUGUAAACCGCCAGCAUAAGCAUUUGGGUUAUGCCUUUGUUGAGUUUGUUUCUCCUGAACGAGCUAAUUUGGCGCUGAAAAAGAAGAAUGGUGAAUACUUGCACGAUCAUGAGAUUUUGUUGAUGAAAAGACUUGAGGUGGACACUCCCCAUUCUGCUGAGACAGUUGUCACUGUAAGAGAUAAGACGCUCUUUGUUGACCAUCUCUCUAAGCAAACUAAAAUAUCAGAUAUCAUCAAUUUCUUUAAAGAUGUUGGAGAAGUUGUUCAUGUUCGUCUUAUGGUAGGCAAAGGUACCGGUCUGAUGGGGUCUGGCUACGUUGAGUUUGCUUCUGCUGCCGAAGCUGAGAAGGCGAUGGAGAAGAAGAACGGCAAAUAUUUAAACAGACGCAAGCUUUAUUUAUCUUUCGUUAAGGAGCCUUCACGAUUCAAGUAUUGCAUAGAUUACAAGGUUUGGUUCGAAGACUAUGUUCAGCGAGAAAACCUUCUGCUACAAGAAAAUGCAUCAAUGGAAGGACUUGAUGAAACUCCAGACUUUGUUGAGGAAGUUUCAUCGAGUAAGAAGACUCUCUUUGCCGAUAUCUCCCAUAAAAAAAUCGUGCGUUUUAACAUACCAAAUAUCAUCAGUUACUUCGAAGAUUUUGGAGAAGUUGCUAGUGUUAGACUUAUUGUAGACCGCCGGGGCAUAUCUUCGGGCUGUUGCUGUGUUGAGUUUGCUACUUGUACCGAAUCAAAUAAGGCUAUGCGAAUUAACCAGCAUGUUAAGGGGAUUUUUGUCAAGAUGCUUGAGAUAGCUCCAUACCCUUUCCGACCCAAGUACAACCUUACCGACCUUGCAGAGAAGCUUUGGUACGAAGACGAGCUUAGACGAGAAGGCUUUGGUUUGCCGACCAGACCAAAGCCGGAGAAAGAGCCCUGCGUCGUUCGAAAGACUACCUUCUGCGGUCAGAGGAUUACCUUCUCUGACGAAGACUAAUAGAAGAAGAUGGUGAUGCUCUUUGGUGUCUAUAACUUAUGAUACAAUGCAACUUGAGUUGAUUAAUCAUCUUUUUUUAGGUUCUUUGUUUCUCAAUGGAAAAGGAAUUUUUAUUGAUAUGUUUGAGACAUCAAAAAGAACAUGUCAAUCUUGUAGUUCAUAUCUCUUCUGCUUCUUGUC